AACGCUGUCGGCAUUCGUCCACUACAACAGGGUCUUACGAAGCCUCACCCUCGCAAACCUCAGCAUGCUCGGCCUUCGAUGUGCGUUCUCAUCUUGCAAGAAACGGCCCAUCCUAGAUGCAGAGAACUUCUGCAUGUGUCGAAGCCGCUGCCAGGGAACAAUUGUUACCAUCCCACUUGCUGCGACAUUUGUGCACGUAUACCAAACGAUUGGCGGGACUGUUCUCAGUCACCAUAUGUGAAGUAUCCUCCCUCGUUUAACAAAGCGAUCGCGGAGGAUAUGUAUCACGGCCAACUCCUUCGAGCUAGAGUAGAUGAUGAUCAAGCUCUUCGAAUUGUCACUGGUGAGGAAGAGGGUCCAGAUAUCGACGUUGCAGACGAUACGUCGGAGACCGAUAGUCAGAUCUGCAAGACGUUUCUGACCAAGGUGCCGGGCUCCGAUAAGCUCGGAGAAGAUGCAAUCUUCCUGCCCGUUAAUCGUAUCGACCACAUCCUGUCAAACGUUUCAGAGAUAUCUGAUCCGUCGCAGUUACACGGAGACUUGGAUCGUUUUCAAGAUUUUCAUAAUCGUGCAAGAGUAUCAGUUUGCGUGCUACGGACGGAUCGGUCGUUUUCGAGCCACCUGAGGGUCUGCCGGUUGACGAUACGCCUCUUCCCGACAACUUUUCGAUGGUGUAUAGUCUCAUGUCGUCGACAUCUGGUACUUCAACGGAAGAUCUGGAAUGUGACUCUCCGGACUCGCGUGAACUUGAUUCAUCGUUGCAGGGGAUCAUCCCCCAGCCCCAGCGCCUAUUAGUCGGAAAGGCAAAUGGAGAGUCAAGUCGCUCCUCAAGCGAGCGAUUACGAAUUUCGUUGGGUUUGUUAAGGGGCGUAAGUUCUCUACCAAGUUAUCUGCAGGAUAGACUCAAUAUCGCUUCACUUUCUUUUUUCGAGAAUUUCAUACCAUACACACUGUAUCGCUAAUUAUAUCAUACAACUCGCACUUCCUUUGAC